AUGUCUCCUCCCGCUCUUGAGAUCGCUACCACCCACCAGGAUGACCAAAACAGCCAAUUAUCCCGUGCCGCGAGCUACAACAAUCUCCCCGACCUGGCCGCGUCCGAACCAGGCUCCCCUGGUCUUCGAAGGACAUUCUCCGAUUUGACGUUUCAGAAACAGGCCGAGUCGCCUUCAAAGGAAGAUGUUGCAGCCGGGAAAGACAUCUUAAGGCGGACUUCCCUCCGUCGCUCCAAGGACAAAUCGACCGUCGCAGUCUCCCGUUUCACCGUCUCGACCGAAGAUCUGGCUGAUGCGCCCCCCUCAGAGGCCCAAGAGCCCCCACCAAAGGUCCCCGAGACCAGAGCCCCGUCACCCGUUGCUCGCCCCUCCAAGGCUCGUUCAAUGUCUGGAAGGCUGGUUAGUUUUGCGCGGAAGCCCUGGAUGUCGAGCUCUCCAAACCGUUCUACCUCCCCUUCCUCGAAAACUGCGCGGCUACGGUCCCUCCAGGGCGAGGACUCUGCUCCACAGACCUCAUCGCCUAGAAGCUCCGGUAGCUUAGAUUUGGCGGCGGGUCCCGACUCCGCUAUGCCGACUCGCAAGCGAACAAUACUGAGCAAACGACCUCGACGCCCGAUGGUCGCCGUUGUAACGCAGAGCCGGGCGGAGAGCCCGAGCACCCCGAGUAGUCCAUCACCGGGGUCGCUAUUGGCUAAGGGCUCUCUCGAAAGGCUCACCUCAUCGUUCAACGUGUCAACCCCAGUACUUCCACCAGCGGCGAAGACAGCCGCCGUUUCUGGGGAUGUCCCUGGAAAUCUGGACCCUCCAAGAAAGAAGGACGAACUUUGGAAUGCUUUCCGUGGUCUUGAAGCCGACUUCCAGAAAUUUCAGUCCAAAUCUACAGCAUUGAAAGCGAAUGUCAUUCGCUCUUCGCUUCUACCCUUUCUGAAUCGCGCUCAUCCGCCACAUUAUAUCAAAGCGCUGAGGCCCGAAGAUCUGGAUCGACGGGUCAACAUUCUUAAUAAAUGGUGGACCGGGUUACUAGACAUGCUAAACGGAAAGAAUAAUCAAGCCAUCUCUGGUACAGACAGGCCGGUAUAUCUGGAAGCGGUAGUCGGCAUAAUGUCUCGACCCGAAUGGAAAGUCCCGUUCCCGAUGUCCUCCCCAGAUGCACAGCUCCCUAAACCACUAAAGCCCUCAGGAGCGUCCAUCUCAGAAACAUCCGAAGCGUCUUCUGGUUCAGACUUCCUUGUAGAGUCUAUUCAUCACAACAUCAGAAAUAUUUUCACGAAUAAUCUGUUGACCCAGAUGGCGUUUGUGGUGGAGAGGAUGUCAAUGAGGCACGCCCCUGCUAGUUUGGUGGCUUUCUGCGGUAAAGCAUGUGCUUAUGCAUUCUUCUUUUGCCCCGGCGUGGCGGAAAUGCUUGUCAGACUCUGGAAUAUACCAGCAAAUAUCUGUCGGAGGGUAUACGCUGAGACUCAGGUUGACAAGAGCUCCGGUCUCCGUGCGAUGACCCAAGAACUUGCGCUGAACUUCCCUCCAGGUCUGCGGUCUUUGUCGUUUCACACGCACACGGCCUUGGUGCGGUAUCUGCGUCAGAAGCCCGAGGUACCAUUAAAUAUAACUCAGAUUCAGUGGCAGAGUCCCUGGGUAACCCGGUGGUGUGGCAGAGACACGGAUCUCUUUUACGUUUUCGUCAAAUACAUCCAUCUGCUGUACGCCGAUGCCAUUCCGUCUUAUUUCGAGAAGAGCGCCCGCAUUCUGUCACCCGGCUUGCUUCCAAUACACGCUCAAAUUCUUAUCGUACUGGAGGACACCCUCUACAAGCAAUCACAGAAUCAAGCGCCAGAAAAUCCCCAUACCACCGCGGCUAUCACUUUUGACGAUUUCAUUGAGGGUGCAGAGGGGUCGGCAUCAGCCCUUCCCUUGGGGACCGCUAACAGUCAUCGGUCCAUGGCCGAAAAUCGUUUGAUUAUACUACUUCGAGAUUAUCUUUCCGAAUCGUCGCUUGAGCCAAAUCAUGCACGUUUAUUCUACGCAGAGUCAUUCUGCAUGAUUAUGAAGAUAACGGCCCAGCGGACGUCUCUCUUCGAUCACAAUGCGUGCUUCCUACUGUGCGAUUUCGUCGAGGAGGCCAUUCCCAUAAUUGCACGGUAUUCAAGAUCAAUAGAAAUGGACCUGUUCGACUGGAAGUUCUGGCUCGAAGCAUGUCGUCAGAUGAUGCAAAGCCAUAACUCACUUACCGAAGUUCGAGUAUUUUCAUUUCUUUUCUGCAUCUGGAAUACCUGGAUCGCCUCUGAGGAACGCAAAGCGGCCCUUUGUCUUGGAUUUUUACUUGAUGAAACACUGUUCUACCAUUACUUCAGUCAUUGGAGCCCCAUGGUCCGAGCUUACUUCCACCGCUUGCUUUGCUGGCGGCUUGGUAGGUUCAACGGGGACCCAUCACCACUUGACUCGAUAAUAUAUGAGACUCUGUCAAAUCGCCUGCAGCGUCUCUGGGAUUUUUAUCUCGCAGUACAAACAAAAGCGCAAAGCGGUCUCGCAGCACCAUUAUCUUCUGCACCUUGUACCCCCGCACCAGGGCGCCGGAUAAUCAUUAUUCGCUGCGACAAUCCAAUGUCGCCUUCGAAUCUCUUCAUGUCCUUCGAUCGUGUUCUGCCCGCGUCGGCCCCUAAUCAGGCCACGAGCAGCAUCUCUAUGAAGGCAGAUGAUGUUUCUGAGGCUCAGAAUCCCCCGAAAAAGCGAUGGAACAUAUUGAAAGCCGUCUUUGGCGCCUCGCGUUCCAAUGAAGAGCUGUCUCCCAUUACCAGCUCAGAUGAAUCGGAUACAACAGUGUCUGACUCCUCUGCCACUGGGGAGAAAGGUGCAGAUGUCAGCUGGCGAGGCGGUAAUAACCCUAGUGAAUCGCAAAGACCAAAAACUCCACAUCAACCAUAUACAUUCAGAUUCUCCCUGGAAUGGAUGGAUCGGCCACAAUGGCCUAGCAAGAAUAAACGAUUAUAUACUCCCUCCCUCCCUGUCGCUUCACAGUUACAUCUACAACUUCGAAGGUCAACGCUCAAAUCAGAAGAUAGCGAUACAACUUCGGAUGACACAACCGACUCUGAAGCCGAAAAGGAUGCUGAGAAGGAUCCGCUUGCCCCAGGCGUGAAACAGAACGUGACUGAUGCUGAUGCGAAGAUUAAGAAAGCCCCGAAGAACGAUUUGACAGCCGCGGCUGAUGAUAAAAUUGCGUCCAGCAAGUACGCAGGACGUGCUCUUGCAGAGUGGGCCCAGAUCGUGUCUGAGUGUGACAGUUUCUUCUCCCGGAGGCGCGAUGAGGGCGUGCCGAAUGACCGGAUGGUCGAAACACCUACGCUGGGCGUCGAGGGCUUCCGGAAGUGA